GGACUGCCGAGGUCGACAAUCUCUCGAGCGUCUGAUCAUACCCUUAAGUCUUGCGCAGAAGACAGUAUCGAGUCGCAAAGUUCUUUCCUCCUCUUGGAGGCCGUGGAAUCCGAGGUUUCAUCUAAAACCCUCCAAGUUUGGUCCUGGAAAUUAUCGACCGCGACACUUCUCAUCGUUUGGAAGCUUCGGCUUCAGUCUGCGCAGGAAACGAUGACACUCCAAGCUUCCUCCUUUGCGGUGGGCAUGCCGGCCCUGGCGCCGCCCCGUCUCGGCCGCUCCCGCCACAGCUGCGUCGUCCGAGCCAAAGUGGAGCCUUUGGAUAAGUCUGUUGAGAUAAUGAGGAAGUUCUCGGAGCAAUAUGCUCGCAGAUCGGGAACAUACUUCUGUGUCGAUAAGGGCGUGACAUCUGUUGUCAUCAAGGGAUUGGCUGAUCACAAAGAUUCACUUGGGGCCCCUCUUUGCCCAUGUAGGCACUAUGAUGACAAAGCUGCAGAAGCAGCACAGGGCUUCUGGAACUGUCCUUGUGUCCCAAUGAGGGAGAGAAAGGAGUGCCAUUGUAUGCUCUUCCUAACUCCAGAAAACGAUUUCGCUGGCACAGAUCAGUCCAUCUCUUUGGAGGAAAUACGGGAAUCGACGGCCAACAUGUGAUUCUUCCCAGUAUCAAAUCAACUCGGAUUGAGAUUUCAAGCUUUUGGGCUUAGAUGUGGAACACCGAGAAGAUGAAAUACAAUCUGAGAGGAACUGGAGAAGGAUGAAGAGUAGUAACUCUUCUAACCCUCCUGUUUGUAUAUUAUGUUCUUAUCUGAGGCAUACAGACUGUAUCUUCCAUAGUUUGCUUUUGUGGAAAAAAGAGGUCAAUGAAAUCUUUACUGCUUGGCUAGUUCUUGAUAAA